AAAUAAUCUGAUCAUUUUUCUAUAACCACUGAAAUUCCUACCCGGCGGACAAAAUGGCUGUUUACCCUUUAACCCUGUGCAUCGAUCCGACUCCGCCCGCAGCGGCGCUCAGGGAACGACUGGCAAUUCCCACCGAGAGCACGCAGCGUGUCAAGCCCGGCGCCCGCCGGAGGGGCCGGUUGUGGCAAUCGCGCUCGCACACGCUCAGUCCCUUUCGCGCUCCGUUUCUCUCGGGCUCGUGCUGGAGCGGGGCUUCCCCCGCAGCGCUGCCGUGUGCGGUGGGAACGCGCACGGGACCUGGCUGCCCUCGGAGGCCGCAAGGCACAAUGACUGACUUUGAAAAGAACCUGCAUCAGGACAUGGUUUCUCAGCUGCAUGGCUUUGCUGCUGCUGGAGACGCAGCCAGGCUGAAGGUGCUGCUCAGGCACUCCCCAUCACUGGUCAAUGCAGCCACAGGGAAUGGCUGGACAGCCCUCAUGUAUGGUGCUAGAAAUGGACACCUCGAGGUUGUGCAGGUUCUUCUUCAAGAGGGGUGUGACAGAUCCAUCGUUAAUAAAUCAAGGCAGACAGCUCUGGACAUUGCUAAAUUUUGGGGGUACAAACACAUAGCUAAUUUGUUGGCUAAUGUGAAAGGUGAUCAGAAACCUAGUUUUUUGUCAAAUGGUGUGAAAGAAUACGAAAAUUAUUUUGGCAUGACACUUCUGGACAGAAGGAGUGAUAAAAGAGCAGAUUCUAAGUGGCUGAGUAAAAAACAAAGCCAUCCAGCUACAGUGUACAUCCUCUUCUCAAAUCUAAGUCCCUUGGUUACUUUGGGUGGGGGAAGGGAGAGCUCACAGCAACCAGAAGUAAAGCUUUGCAGGCUGUGUCACAAGGAUGUGGAACAGUGCAUGAACCAAACUGAAGAAUGUACCUUGAUUUUUCUUGGAGUGGACCUGCAGUUUGACAUGAACCUGAUGGCUGCUUGCAAUGAAAGAAUUCAGCAAGAAAAUGAAGAAGAUGGGUUAGUUGCUUGGUUUGCUCUUAGCAUAGAUUCUGCUUCUGCUGAAAAAUUUAAACAUAAGCAUGAGGACUGUUACUUUCUUCACCCGCCGAUGCCAGCACUACUGCAGUUACCUGAAAAAGAAGCUGGAGUAAUAGCCCAGGCAAGAUCUGUUCUAGCAUGGCACCACCGUUACCGAUUCUGCCCAACAUGUGGGAGUGCAACCAAGAUUGAAGAAGGGGGUUACAAGAAAACUUGCUUAAAAGAAGAUUGUCCCAGUCUCCAAGGAGUUCACAACACAUCAUAUCCAAGAGUUGAUCCUGUUGUGAUAAUGCAAGUCAUCCAUCCAGAUGGCAACCAUUGCCUUUUAGGUAGGCAGAAGAGAUUUCCCCCAGGAAUGUUUACCUGCCUUGCUGGAUUUGUAGAACCUGGUGAAACCAUAGAAAAUGCUGUUCGAAGAGAAGUAGAGGAGGAGGCUGGAGUCAAAGUUGCCUGUGUUCAGUACGUCUCUUGUCAGCCAUGGCCAAUGCCCUCCUCCCUAAUGAUUGGCUGCUUAGCUGUUGCAGUGUCCACAGAAAUUAAAGUUGACAAGAAUGAAAUAGAGGAUGCCCGCUGGUUCACUAGAGAACAGGUCAUGGAAGUUCUCAUUAAAGGAAACCAACGUUCUUUCUUUAUACCACCAAGUCAAGCUAUUGCACACCAGUUGAUGAAACAUUGGAUUGGAAUGAAUGCUAAUCUUUAGUUCUACUAAUUGAUUUAUUUAAGUUACUUCUUCCAUUGAAUGCUUAAUUAGGAAUAAAUUAGAACUGUUUUGUCUAGUGAA